AUGAGCACAGCGGCGGAGCAGGCGGAGGCCUCAGGGUUGUUGAAUCAGUUCGACCCAUAUUCAUACUUUGGCGCGGCCCAGGAGGGGGAGGCGGCAGUGGCCUGGAACAUAUUCCCCGAGCACCGAGGGGGCGGGGGUGCCCCCGACUUAGCUCCUGACUUGGGCGGCCUGAGUCUAGGCCCCGACUUGGGUGGCCCGGAGUUGGGUCCAUCCUACAGCACAGACUUGGCCUCGUCCGGCCUAGCCGACUCGCUCCUAAACAACGCACAGGACCUUAAGGGCGACGACUUGGCCGCCCAUGGCGGCUUCGCCGCCCACCGCGCCACCUUGGAAGAUAGUCUGGAUGACUCGCUGGCCGUCCCAGGUGCACUGGCUCUCAACACGGCCAGCAUCACGAGCGCCAUGCUCGGAGCGGACGGCAUGCCGGGUCAGUACAUAAAGGGCGACGACCUCGUAGGGAGUCAGUCACUGGGCCAGCAGCCGGCGCAGACGCAACAAUUGGCGCCGACCCAAAGUCGUUACUCGGGCGGCCAGAGCUCGUCGGGCAGCCGACACGAGUCGGGCGGUCGCGAGUCAGGCCGGUCGCGAAGUGCUCAGUCGGGCACAGACGAAGGUGCGUUUCUCAAAGAGGACAGUCAAGUCGUAAACCGGCCGGAGUUGACGGAGGAAAUGGUGGUGGAGUUGAACGACAUCUCGCAGUUCCGGAAGGAUGACCGUUUCGCGCGGUUCAUCGUGCCAUACCAGGACAAAGUCAGCUUCCCCCUGGGCGAAGGCGGUCGCGAACUCCUCAGAGCCUGCCUCAACGUCAAGGGCUGCAAAGGUCGCCAAUUACAAGGUGCUUCCGUGCCCGUCCUGCUGCAACUCGCCUACCAGUGGGACCUUUGGGACGUCGCUCUUCGAAUAAAGGUCGAACGCCAAACCGGUCAACUCAGCCCAGCCCAUGAAGCCUUCGUCCGUUUCAAAGCCACCCAGUCCCAACUCCGGAAGUACGUGCGCAAGGAAUAUAUGGUCACAGAACGCGACCCGACUGGGAAAAUUUCACGGAUUCUAUAUGAUGAGAACCGGAAGAUAAAGUUGGGCAAGGAUGGUCGCGAGGCAUUGCGUGCGAAGUUGCGGCGUUUGCAUGACAAGCAUGCGACGCGGAUGGAUGAGUUGUUGGCGAAGCACGGGUUUAAGUAUUCGGAGUUGCGGAAUGCGACGGUGCAGCAAUUGAGUCGGAUGGCGUUUGUAUGUAAUUUGUGGGACCAGGUGGUCUCGGCUUGUCGGUCGCAGGAAGAGAAGCGGGAUGGUAAGGGCAGCGUGAAGAAGCGGUUGGAGGGUGAUGUAUCACCAAGCGAGGGCGGCAGUAGCAGUGGCCAGCACCAGGUGCGAUUGCCGUUCAAUUUGUUGAAUGGGGAAACUAUAAUGACGGAUGAAAAUGGCGAAAUGAGCAAUGACGACGCACGGCGAACAAUGGAGGCGGUUAGCCAGCUACUGCAGCAGAGUUUCGGUACCGGGCCGCACAAUGAUAUUUUCAACGCCGCCACCUUCACAGAAGCACUCACAUCCAGCGGAUUCACCCAAGUUUCCGACCUGGGCUCAAAUGAUUUCGGCAGCGCACACGCGUUUGCAAACGAAUUUGCUUCAGCUCCAAACCACUACCACGCUUCAGCGCACGCCCCAGACAACCUUGAAGAACCCGCACUGCUCUUGCGAGACGUUAAACAGGAACCCUGCGACCAAUCCGGCAACGUCGCACUCCACAACGCACCCUACUCCAUGGAAUUCAAUCCCGCCACGGGAGGUUUCUUCUGA